AUGAGCGUUGCGGUUCACAAUCGAGGAAAAUCGACAGAACAACGAAAUGAUCUACCGAAACAAAGCAUUCUUCGCCAAAUGUCACCGUACUUGGAUGAAAACGGCGUUCUUCGUGUCGACAGCCGUAUCGGUGCAGCAAAACGUGUGUCAACGUGCACUAAGUAUCCAGUGAUUCUUCCUCAAUACCAUCGACUAACCGACUUGAUCAUAGACUUCUACCAUCGAAAAUACAUCCACUGCAACUUCGAAACCGUCGUCAAUGAGUUGCGCCAGCGAUUCUACAUUCCCCGUAUUCGACAAACAGUGAAGCGUGUCCUUCGACAAUGCCAGUGGUGUAAAAUCUAUAAAUCCAAACCCCAGGUUCCUCGGAUGGCACCUUUACCGGAAGCAAGACUUGCCGCAUAUACUCGUCCCUUCAGUUACACUGGUCUGGACCUAUUUGGACCAAUAUUAGUGAAGUCUGGGAGACAAGCGUUGAAAAGAUGGGUCGCUCUCUUCACAUGCUUGACCAUCAGAGCUGUGCACGUAGAGGUCGUUUACAGUUUGAGCACCGAGUCGUGCAUUAUGAGCAUUCGUCGUUUCAUCGGAAGGCGAGGAGCUCCAAUCGAGAUCCAUUCAGACAAUGGGACAAAUUUCCGGGGCGCUGACAAUAUCCUGCAACAACAAGUCCGACAGUUCCACGAAAACAUGGCAGUCACGUUCACCAACGUGGAUACGAAAUGGGUAUUCAUUCUACCAGGCACUCCUCACAUGGGCGGUUCGUGGGAGCGCCUGGUACGCUCUGUGAAAACAGCGCUAGAGGGGAGCAUGAUUCCGGGAAGAAAGUUGGACGACGAGGCCUUCUACACACUGCUGGUAGACGCUGAAGGAAUCGUCAACAGUCGACCGUUGACCUACUUACCCAUCGAGUCAGAAGAAGCAGAAGCACUAACUCCCAACCAUUUCUUGUUGGGAAGCAGCAAUGGUGUCAAACAACCGGAGUCGGGACCGAUCAGCGAAGCCAAUGGGUUGAGAAACGCGUGGAGCCAGAUAAAUCUACAGCUUGAUCGCUUUUGGAGUCGUUGGGUGCGCGAAUACCUCCCGACCAUGACGCAACGGUCUAAAUGGUUCGGUGAGACGAAACCGGUUCGUUUGGGAGACUUGGUUGUUGUAGUAAAUGAAGCAAGGAGAAAUGGCUGGGCUCGAGGGCGGGUGUUGGAACUGGUUCCUGGGUCAGAUGGGCGCAUUAGAAGGGCAGUCGUGCAGACAAAUAAGGGACUCACUCGUCAAUCUGUUGCAAAGCUAGCAGUCUUAGAGGUCGCACAAGGAGGAAACCCUGGAUCUAACACUUCAGAUACCAGUGUUACGGGAGGGGGGAUGUUGGAAACUGGCACCCCUGCCUAA